AUUUCAGAUCCGUGUGAGUGAUUCUAUUUCCUCUCCCUCUUAUCCUCUCUUCCUGUCGCUCAUUUUCAUGACAUCUGUUUGGAUUUUUAUGGCAGAAAACAAAUUCCCAUUAACAAUUUACAUGGAAUUAUUGUUCUCUAGCUGAGCUGGAGGAACAUACUCUGUCUCUUCACACCUAGCCAUAUCCAACAACUUCACCUUUAACAUAUCUCAAGGCUAACUUUUUCCGUUCGAUGAUUGAUCGUUGUAAUAUAGGAGGAUCUCGUCUGAUUCCAGGCAACAGAGUUGUCCUUUUUUUUUUAUUACCAUGAUUUUGCUUUGAAUAGUCGGAGUUUCUGACCCAAUAAAUUUGGCACAAAAGAGCGGGAGAGGGGAGUAAAUAACAUUGAUUAUAGUAUCGUCUUGUUGGAUCUGCAACGAUGAAGAUCUAGCAGCUCAAGUUGUUCUUUAGCAUACGAUUUUGGCCUCUGAGGUCUCUCAUUUAUCAUAUUUCAGUGGGCUGUAACGAGAAUUUAUGGAUUUACAACAAUUUCGUUUUUUUAUUUGUUGGGGGAUUUAUUAUAGCACGAUCUGAAUAGUUGGUUCAGUGGGUUUUGAUUAUCCAAAUUAACGAAAGUAUGGAGACUUUGGUUGUGAUGGCGCAGCAUAGGAAUCGCUACUGUAGCAAGGUGAACCCAGAUGGGCCAGCACGGUUUGGGUCAUCACCGUCUAGGAAUUUCAGAGGGAUUAAUUGUAGGACUUUCCAUUUCGGAGCGGGAUUACUCCCUUCCCCGUUCGAGUAUAGUGCUACUCCUACAGACAGAUGGCCCUCUUCCCUUCCCCCUUCAUCAUCAUCAUCAUCUUCCCCAAAUACACCAUGUCCGCACUCAAAAACUACCAGGAAAAGCUCUACUACUCUAAUAAACAACAACAGGACCACUAAAAAUGUUAAGUUUUCUAGUGAGGAAAUCUCUGGGGAAGGUUUUCCCUACUGUGAGCUAUGGGCUGGGCCCGCUUAUUCCAAUUCACCACCACCUAGCUCUUUGCCAAUACCCAAAUUCUCUCUUCGUGUGAAGAGGACGGUGUCACUCGAUUUGCCUGCUGCUGACCCUAUUGUUGAUGUUCAUCCAACUGGCAACUCUGCGCCUGCUUCUCCUACCGGGGAGCUUCACCCUUCUGUAGCCGAACUCUUUGGUUGUGAUGACUCUGCCACCAAGACUUUACGCCGUAUUCUUAAUCUUGACAACACUGAGAACUAAAUAGAGGAAAUUAAGGACCUUUCUACCUCCUGUAAAUAAGUUUAGUGUGCUGAUUUGGAGUUGUAGAUUGUAUAUAAGAUUCAAAAGAGAGUUGGUAGCAUGAAUGGUUAUGUGGGGAGGUGGUAUGUAAAAAGUUGUAGCAAUAUUAGGUGGACAGUCUCCUUAUUUUGAUUUAUGAAUUGAUGGCUAGUGAGAAUUUUAAA